UGAAAAGAAAAAUCUAAACGGCAUUUUGAAUCAUUCUAUCUUUCAUCAACAUAGCAUGAUUUUCAGCAGGAAACUUUCUUUUCUUUUAUCUAAUUAAUAUGUUUUUCUUGCUUUGGAGACAUAUAGUUCUCAGAGCAAGGUUGGUUUUUUUAAAGGUUUUUAAAAAUCGUAAUUCAUAUUUGUACUGGAAAGGCUUCCUUCUCAGAAAUUCUGCCUCCAAACAAAGUCUCUUAAUAGCGCUUUAAAGACCAAUGAUUGUCGCAUGAAUUCUUAGUGGGAUUUCCUGCAAAACACCAGCAAUAUAUUCUGUAUAUAGCUUCCAUUAUGAGGGUGGGGCACAAGCUGAGAGCAAUCUUCACAACUCCACCGCAUCCUGAGAGGUUUUAAGUCAAGGGACGGGGUAGCAAACCUUCGAGCGGCCAAUGGAAGACAGCGAAGAAUUUCCAGAUGUGGCACCCUAGUUAAAUGCAUCUGGAGGGCACCAGAUUGGGGACAGCUAAUGUAAACCGAUCAGCAUGGGCGGAGUCUCCUCUUCCUCCUGUAACCGCCGAUUAUCUCCAUUUCCUGGAUAUGCCAGCAAAGCAAACCGAUUCCAUUGCAAGCGGAGCAGCGAUGGCAGCGUUGCCGGAAGGAGGCCACGGCGGCUGUGCAAAUCUCGACCGCCUCCCUAGCAGGCCUCGGACCGGCCGCUGGCUGUGAGGGUCUCGCCGUACUGUAUCGGCGGCGAAGCGGUUCCCACACCACCCCGCCGCCCCUCUCCACCAGCUUCCCCCACCCCACAUCUCUUGCGCCCUCCCUCCUUCCCCUUCUGGCGCGACGCUUCCUCUUCCACUCGCCUCCGCCGCAGGGUUGACAGCGCGAGACCCAGGGCACCGGAGAACGUGCCAGAUGUGGACAAAGCCACACCUUGCCAUUUGCGCACUGUCUGUCCCCAUUUGGUUGAGCUCCAGAUGUGUGCCGUGCCUCCUUUGGGCCGCAGGGGGCGGUAGACUCUGGCGGAAAAAAGACAAAUGCGCCGGACUCCUGAAUUGAGAAAAAUCAACAUGAAAGGCGAAGAAACUCGGCAGCGUAGAAAGGAAGGCCGAACCAGAAAUGGAGAGCGAUCCAGGCAGAAAGCAAAGAGCAAGAGUAAACACAAAGAGAGCAAACUUGGCAGCCAGGGCACAGAGGAUGGCCCUUUGCUCCUGCCUCAGAAGCAGCCUCCCGAGGCAAAAGUGGCCAUGGCAAAACUACAGGAGGAAUCAACCUUGGCAAUUGGCCUCCAGGUGCUCCUGCCUUACCUGCUGGCAGGCAUGGGCAUGGUCCUGGCAGGAAUGGUCUUGGAUUAUAUUCAGCACUGGAAAGUAUUCAUUAAAAUCAGAGAAAUGUUUAUUCUGAUUCCAGCCCUGAUUGGUUUGAAAGGCAACCUUGAAAUGACCUUGGCAUCUAGACUUUCUACAGCUGCUAAUACCGGCCGGAUGGAUAAUACACAGGAAAAAUGGAAAAUGGCUAUUUGCAAUAUGGCCUUGAUUCAGGUACAGGCCACUGUGAUAGGCCUUCUGGCAGCUGUAGCAGCAAUCCUUCUAGGCGCACUCUCUAAUGGGUAUUUGGAACUGAACCAUGCCGUUGUGUUGUGUGCCAGCAGCCUGACAACAGCAUUUGUAGCUGCCUUUUUUCUUGGAUUGUUGAUGAUUGGUGUGAUCAUUGGAGCAAGAAAGAUUGGGAUAAAUCCAGAUAAUGUUGCUACUCCUAUAGCUGCAAGCCUUGGAGAUUUGAUUACUCUUAGUCUGCUGGCUGGAAUUAGCAGUAUUCUCUUCAGAUAUAUAGAUGUAACAUACCUGUCCCCUAUGGUCUGUACUAUUUUCAUUGUUUUGAUUCCUUUGUGGAUUGCUAUUGCGCGGCAGAGUCCUCCCAUUGCCGAAGUCUUGAAGACUGGAUGGCAGCCAAUUAUAAUUGCAAUGAUCAUCAGCAGCUUAGGUGGAGUAAUUUUGGACAAAACUGUAGCAAAACCAAACUUCGAAGGCAUUGCUGUUUUCGUUCCAGUGAUCAAUGGUGUUGGUGGCAAUUUGGUGGCUAUCCAGGCCAGUCGCAUAUCCACGUUUCUCCAUUUCUGGAGCAUGCCUGGAGUCCUGCCACAGAAAAUGAGGCAGCAUUGGCCUAAUCCAUGUACCACCUUCUUCGCUUCAGGUAUCAAUUCUAAAUCGGCUCGAGUCCUCAUCUUGCUAGUGAUCCCAGGACACCUGAUGUUCCUCUAUGCUAUACAUUUCUUUGGGGGGGGCCACACAACCAUCACUUUCACUUUUGUGGCAUUUUAUUUGAUAGCUGCUCUUCUGCAGGUGGGAAUUCUGCUCUACAUGGCUGACAUCAUUGUGCGACUGAUGUGGAGAAAGGGUCUGGAUCCUGACAAUUAUUCCAUCCCCUACCUCACUGCCCUGGGAGAUCUCCUAGGCACUGGCUUCCUGGCAGUUUGCUUCUACUUGCUUUGGUUGCUCAGUGGGUUGGAGCCAAAGCUAGGGAACUAAAGUUGUUUCAACCGUAGUGUCAACCCACCUGCAAAUCUCUCAUAAUCUUCAACAACAGGGUAAUGAAAAGAGGGCAUCCGGAUUCCUAAACUGGAAUAGGUUGCCUGUCUCUCCUCCCUUUGGCUCUCAACACUGCAUAGCUGAAAGUUGAAAAGAGCUACAAAUGACGUAGCAUAAUCAUGUAUCACAGCUUUUGAAGUGUCAGCAAGGAAAGGAUUGUGAAGUACUCUGAUCAGCUUUUCAACCACAAGGAAUCUUGCCACAAUGGCUUCGUUUGAACACUCUAUUGAUGCUACCAGAAAGCUAACCCCUGUUCGCAGUGGGGUUGAGCUUGUAUCCUUGAUGAGACCCCACAUUGUCUCCAUCACCCAUCAACAAAGGCAUUUUGUUUUCUGACUGCUAUGUGUUCCCAAAAAAAGAAAAUUAUGUCCAGGAUUGUUUUCACUGAAUCCCUAAAUAUAUAUAAAAAAGAGAGACAAAGCAUUACAGUACAAUAGAUCAAAAUCCGCUUCAUGACACCUCAUGCAUUAUGGCAACCUGCUCAGUGAAAAUUACUUUGCAUUAUUUUUUUUUAGUCUGUCCACUAAUAUUCAACUUGGGGAAUGGGAUAUGUGUCUCUGUGUAUAGGUGUGUGUAAUUUCUUGCACUUAAACAGGGAUACAUAAUUGGGGGAGGGGGGUUGACCUAAAUAUUGAAACUUCAAGACUUGAUUGUAUAUAGGAAUGAAAAUAAAAAAAAUGUGUUUUGGGCAGAAAAGUUUUAGAAGAAAGCAACAGUCAGUGAUGGGAGGGCAAUCAGCAUCUGAUCUUUCCUAUCUCACUAUGCUAUUUUCCUGGCCAAAGAUUCUUGCUGACUAGUGCAGAGAAAUCUGAAAAUAAGAACCAGCUUAAAUCUAAAAGCCAAAUUCUAGAAGUAGCCAGAGGAGGAAGUUUGGUGAAUAAAGUUUGGUGUCUGUAAUAGCUUCGUGGUGGGAAGAACAGGCUUUCAUGAAUUCUGGGUCAGGGACAAAACCUUUUUGUGACCUCUUAGCUCUUCCAAAGGCAGGGAAAUAAAUUCAUUUAUUUUUGGCCCAGAGACCAGUGUCAGCUGAGUUUUUACUCAAAGGAAUUUUUACAAUAGAAAAAAUGGGGGUUGAAUUUCCCUAAGCCUCCAGCACAAGUGUCAGGCUUAAUCAAAUUUCCAUCUUUUUUUCCCACUCUUCUUUUUUGUUUUGUUUAACAUGUUCAAGUCAGAUUAUUGUUUUUACGGGGUCACGGAAAUGUACACAUGCAAAAUAAAAUAUAAAUAAGAGUUAGUACUUGGAU